UUUGAAUUCAACUAAUAAAUGAGAAAUAAAUAAUCAAAUGAAUAGAAGAAAGAAUGAAUAAAACAAUAGUUAAUAUGAUAAGAUUUUAGAAAUUAAAAAGAGGAUUUAUAAGUCAUAGACUUAAAUCCCUUUAUUCCUUUGGCAUCCUAUGUAAGAAUUAAAUUUAAAUACAUUUAAGGUUCAUGUACAAUGUUUAUCUAAAUUUCAAUUUUAUUUAUCUUCCACCAGGUUUCUAAUAAAAAUUAAAGAAUGUGAAACCCAGAAAAAUCAAAAAUUGGUUUGAUGAUAUUCCAAUAUUAGUUGGUGUUGAUGAACUAGAACUUAAAGAGUAAGAAUUAUUUUGAAUAGUUUGUAGAACUUGUGCAAUUUGUCUCUUAGACUUAAAUGAAUAAAAAGUAAUCAAAAUACUUAAAUGCAAUCACUUUUUCCAUUAAGAAUGUAUCAAACAAUGGUUGUAACUAAAGCCAGAAUGUCCUACAUGCAGAGAUAAAAUUCAUAAAUGA